AUCUAUUUCCUUAACUCAAAAUAUUCGCUCCGUUAGUGAGACGAGACUGUACGAAUAUAGAGUCUCAUGAUACAACCAUGGCAGACGAAUCACGCCUCACUCGUGAUUGCCCUAUCGAACUAUAAACUCUACGAAACACUCUCGUAUUUAAGACUUACGCUAAGGGAUACGAAUCACGCCUCACUCCUAAUGGCUAUAAAUGGAUCCAACAAUAUUCUCUAAUUCUAUUUCUAUACCUAAACAUUCGUUGAAAAAAUACCUAAAGAUUCUACCUAGAAACAAAACCUAAAAACUUAAGCACCUAAACAUUUAAAGUCUUGUCUCCGUCUAGUCUCAUUCAUCAUAGAUUCUCCAAUUUCCAUUGUCUAAAGGUAAGAUUAUCUAAUAAGUUCUUCUAGGAUCAAAUAAAUACAAAACAUAGAUGUUAAUAGUAUUUUAGUUAAAAGGUUAUGGAUUUUGAGAUUUGAGUUGGAUGCUUUUUUGGAAUGCUUACAGGUCUUCGUUAGGUUGAUUUGAUUAUCAAAAGUCUGCUCUUUUGCUAUAAUGUAUUUUUUGUUCUCUAAGAAACGUCUUUGUUUUAAGAAUAUUCUUUUACUUCUCUGUAUAUAUGAACGUUGAACAUUCAGAUCUUUGUUUAUAUUUCAUAGCUUUCACGUCGUUUGAGUAUAAUGGGGUCAAGCUCAGAUGUAGUAUCUUCUACAAUUGCGAAAAAGUGGAGAGAGCAUCCACCUUCUUCGUAUUCCCUCAAGGUUGACAACUUCAUACAACUGGAGAAGUUCGCAUCAACCUCUGAUGAUAAAUAUCAAUCUCGUCUUUUCUCCUCUGGUGGAUAUAACUGGAAGCUGCUCGUAUACCCAAAAGGGAACGAAAAGGACAAUGGAAAAGGCUUCAUUUCGAUGUAUGUGGCAAUAGGCAGCAAAAGCUUGACAUCGGCACCACAACGUGAGGUGUUUGCGGAACUUAUCUUCUUUGUCUACAACAAGAAAGAAAAGAAAUACCUUACUAUUCAAGAUGUAGAAGUAAAUAGGUUCAAUGCCCUUAAAACGGUGUGGGGGUUGCAGCAAGUUCUUUCAUCUGAUUCAUUCAAUAACCCUGAAAGCGGUUACGUAUUUGAAGGAGAUCAGUGUGAGUUUGGUGUUGAUGUCAUUGUUCCUUCACCCCGUAGCAAUUGGGAGAUUCUUUCUUUUAAUGAGAAACUACGGAACCCGAAGUUCUCUUGGUCUGUUAAGAAAUUUUCUCAGUUAAAAGAGGAUAAAUACAUAUCAAACACUUUCUCAGUGGGAGCAAGGAAAUGGGUUCUGUGGCUGUAUCCGAAGGGUGGCUCUGGAGAAGAUGGCAAAUGGCUAUCCCUCUAUCUGCAAUCAGCUGAUAGUGAUAAACCAAAAGCAGAUGAGAAGAUUUUGGCGCAAGCAAAUUUGCGAGUUCUAGACCCACUUGGAUCCAAUCAUAUUGAAGUCAAACUGAACAACUGGCACGUAGAACAAAACCUUGGAUGGGGCAGGACUCGGUUUCUGUCUUUAGCUGAACUUCGGAAGGUUUACUUGGACAAGGAAGACGCGUUGAAAGUUGAGAUUGAAUUUGAAGUUGUUUCUUCCACCAAAUAUUAUCCCAUUAUCUAGCACUAUAAUUAUUCUGCCAUCUAGCACUAUAAUUAUUCUGCUAUCAGACGAUGCUAUGUCUUCCAUUUUUUUUUAAUUAUCACUCGAAUUCUGUAGUUUCCACCGAAUACGGUUCUAUGAAAGAAAACUUCCCUUUGCAGUUUUUAUUAUUCAGGAACACCACAAGUACCGCAACUCUUAACUACUUGCUACGACAUGUAACACUUAACAGAAGAACUAAACAGAUUGUUAAAAUGGUACCCUAGUACAGAAGAUUAUAUGACAAAACAAGUUUUAAAUUCUGAUUAAUUGUGAAGCUUUGAACAUUCGUCACUCAAAUUUUCAUACCAACUUCGAACCAUACCGCGCCGUCUUAGAGGACGACAUAGGAAACUGUAAGACAUACGACUCACAUGCAGUGCCGUCCCAUAACUUGGAGUAGCCUAAAUAAUAUGUGGCCUCUUAUAUAAAUUACCAACAAUAAAUAGUAACUCUCAACCAAUACAAGUGUAUAAAGUCAUCGAGUGGUUAAAUUAAAAACUAUGUUAGACAUCAAGAGAAUCGAACUAUGGUAUGCUAACUCACAUAGACUAUUAAUUAAAAGGAUCGAACUAUGUUAGACUUCAAGAGGAUGAACUAUGGAUCAACUUUACGAUUAGUGACGAAGCU